GGUUAGAGAAGUCACGUGAUCAAGCGGCAAUGGCGGCGAGCACAGACAGUCUUGACGAAUGUGCUUGAAGAAAUCGACCUAAUACAAUGUAGUUUCAUUUGAAGCUGGUUCGUCAUUUUUAUUGAUAUACAGAUGUCUUUGGCAAUGCAUCAGACUUCCUUAGCUUCGUCGAGUUCGACCGGUGCUAUGAAACCGAGUCGAACAUUUGGAAGUAGUUCAGUUGGUAUGGGUUCAUCGUCGACUUACGGUAGUUCAACAAGAAAGCCAAAACAAGCGCAUUCCUCCAGUUCUCGGACUUUGCCUAAUGGGCCUGGUCCUCUGCCAAAUAAACCUCAUAUUCUGGCCAAAUCCGGCACACGUGCUAGAGAGAUAACAUAUGUUGCUGCUUCAAGGGUUACACCGGCUGAUCACUUCAGCCAUCAGAAAUCUUACGGUACGGACUCCACGACAACGCGGAGAAAAACUUCAAACGACUCUGGUUAUGCCAGUUCAUGUAGAAACAGUUAUACAUAUGGAGAUUUGAGGAGUGGUAAGUCGAAAUCACUCUCACAGCUUAAUUCUCACCGGGAGCAAACAAACGAUUUAUCAAGAUCUCCUUCAAACAGACCUAGAAUGGAAUCGUCCGUACAUGGGAUUAGCUCUAGAACAGGGCAUUCGUUCACUCAUGAUCAUGUACAUGUAGGAACCAAGGCAACGCUAAAUGGCAGUAGCAAUACAAAAAGUAGUAGUAGAGGUAUUUAUCGAUCGACAACUCAUCUGGACUACAAAGAUCCAAAGGAAGAUAGAAAGUCGCUGCACAAUGGUGGGCAAUCUUAUUCCUCGCACAAAGACUUAUCCAACGCUUAUACAACCUCAGGAAAAGAAAAUUACAGUGUCAGAGAUGUGGACAAAACGCGCAAAGCUACCAUAACUGCUUUACCUGGGUCAGAUAUGAAGUGUGCUAGAAAUUCGUCCUUCAGUUCUUCGAACUCUCCCCCUUGCAAUUCGCCUACUGGUAGAAGCAGCUCUGAUGGCUUAGUUGGUCUCCGUAAUUUAGGAAAUACAUGUUUUAUGAACUCCAUCCUUCAAUGUCUUAGUCACACGCAACCCUUAACUAAUCAACUUUUGAAAGGUUCUCAUGUGAAAAACGUCAACAGCAGCAGUAGCAUGAAAGGCAGGCUUAUUCAAGCCUUUGCAGAGUUGAUAAAGUCGAUGUGGAAGCCAGGCAACAGUGACGCUGUGUCCCCGCAUUCCUUCAAGACUCAGAUCCAAAGGUUUGCCCCACGGUUUAUGGGAUACAAUCAACAAGAUGCUCAGGAGUUUCUGCGGUUUCUACUUGAAGGAUUACAUGAUGACUUGAAUCACGUGAAAUCCAAGCCAAAAUACACACCUUGUGAAUAUGAUGCUUCCCUCAGCGAUCAUCAGAAUGCAGAGAAGUCGUGGAGUAAUUAUCUUUCACGUGACAACAGUUUGAUGACUGAUCUUUUUGUAGGACAGUUGAAGAGUAUGUUAAAAUGCUGUGAUUGCGGUCACACGUCUGUUACUUUUGAUCCAUUCUGGGAUCUGUCGUUACCUAUUCCAAGGAAAUACCGCAGUUCGUCAUCAUCGUCAUCUUCAUGGUCUGGAACUCGAUCAAGCAUGGCAGACGAUGGUGACAUCAAUCUUAGAGAGUGUAUACAGUCCUUCACAAAGGAGGAAGUUUUGGAUGGCGAUGAAAGACCUACUUGUGAUAAGUGUGAACACAAGAGAAAAUCCACAAAGAAAUUUUCAAUCCAAAGAUUUCCGCCAAUCCUUGUCCUUCAUUUGAAGCGUUUUUCAGGAUUUAGCUUCCGAUCCAAGCUACUGUCAAAUGUUGAUUUCCCGCUAAGCAAACUGGAUCUCGCAGAUUUUGCAGCUGAUCCUCAAGACCGCCGGUCAGCAGUGUACUCUUUGUACGCAGUCUCAAACCAUUCGGGUAGCACAUAUGGCGGUCAUUACACAGCGCACUGUAAACAUCCAUUCAGCAAUCAGUGGCAUUGCUUCAACGACUCACGUGUGGAUAGUUUGUCAUCAUCAAAGGUGCGAGGACCUCAAGCAUACAUCCUAUUUUACGAGAAGGAACCAAUGUCAUCUCUCUGACGCACAGGGCAAUCACAAAUGCUGGCAUUUGUAUUGUGUCACGCACACCUUUCAUUUCAUACAUUGCGUGACAUUUUAAAAAUUGUGUCGUCACAUAAACGUUUCACCUUUGCGUGACCUUGUUUUUUAAAGUAUUUUUACAGUUCAUACAGUGGGAAGAUAUGCGACUAAUAAAAUUAAUCGAUUGUGCAACCUAUGAAUUGAUUCUUCCUCCCAAAAUGUUUCCAAAUGCAGCUAUGACGAACUGAAAAUGCUGCUUCUGGUCUAAAAGUUAAUGGGUGGUAAGAAUGUUGCAAAAAGGUGAAACUUUUAUUAUGAAUACAAUACGGAUUUUAAAGAAAAAAUAAAUUUUGAGCUGGGGUAUUUUUUCAAGAACAUGGCUCAAUCUUUAACAGGUUUUGGAGAUAUUUCCUUUUUUUGUUUGUCAUAGGACUGAAAGCAAUGUUCAUUUUAGAUUUUUACUACAAUGAACAGAUAUUUUUUACCUGUAAAUAUUGUAAAGCGUGUUUUGUGUUACGUCCCUUGGACGUAUUUGAUACGAAUAGAGUUCAGUUUUAUGGAUAAAAUGAAGUGCAUCCCUUCAAAUGAAAGCUACGGAGAACUACUCUCACGUGAUACUGUUCAUUACGCUGUACAAGAUGUUUUUAAUUUUCUUUUAAGUGCGUGGAUAAAGCACCUGGUGUCAGAACAUGCAAUCAAUGUGGGCUUUUUGUUGUCAAUUCUUCCCAAGAAAAAAUUUCAAGAAAAUUUGUCAAACUUGUGUGUUGGCACUAUAAAUGCUAAAAGCUGUGUUUUGUCAUUUUUCCACUAAAGUCCUUUCAGUUCAUGAAAAAUGAGCUGUAAGCUCAUUCAAGCAACUUAAAACAAUAAUAUACCUACUGAAGAAAGAAAUGCGUUUUUAGGUCGAAAAUAGCACAGUUAUAUUUCAGAUGUCCUUGACUUCUUGUUCUGGUAGAAAUUGAAUUGUUCCCCGAGUUUUUGAUAAUUUGACACAGUCCAAAAAAUAAUUCAAAUUUUGUAGGGGAAAUUCUCUUAAUUUACCACAGCAGAGACUAAAGAGUUCUCUGCUCCUACGACAGUGAUUAAUCUCAAAUUUGUAUCUUUUUACGCUUUCCAUGUAUUAUGGACAAGUUUUCUGCCAAUUUACUAAAAUAUUUCCGUAGGAAACCAGAGCAUAUUUUGUAAUCAUAGACCGUGGGUUGAGUAUUUCUUAUAUCAAUGCGUGGAUUAAGUUCAUUAGAAAAGUUUCGCGGGUUUGAAGAUGUUUUAAGUGUAUAAAUGUGUUUACAAGGUAAUUAAUAUAUUAUUUAUGAGAUUUGAGUGCAGAAUUUUGUAAUAAUAUAUUUACAUCAGACCUAAUAGGGAUUAAGCGACUACAUCUGUCAAUAAAUUAUUGCACAUGGA